AUGGCGGCGGAAGCGUCAAGCUCGUCGGUCUUCCCCGAGGGGGAUUCGCUCCUGCGGCCCCUCGCCGCGAGCGGGUGGCGCUUCCGUGACACCUUGGACGAGUCCAUCCAGGCCCUCCUCCACGCCUCCCCCUCCCCGUCGCCGGAGGCCCUGGAGGCCGACCUCCUCGACACGGACCUGAGGCUCUUCGGCGGGAAGUCCCUCCCCGACCGCGCCGCCGCCACGGCCACGAAGCGGCUCUCCUACCUCCACGGCCCCAUCGUCCUGCAGGUAGUUUCUCUAAGGGAUAUAUAUAGCAGCAGAGUCGAUGCCUCCUUUAAUAAGCCGCAGCAACGGCGCCUUCUGCGGUUUGGCCUCACUGAUGGUAUUUCUGAAGCAGUGGCCAUUGAGUUGUCCCCUAUCCCGUUCAUCACAGAAGAGAUAGCUCCAGGCACAAAGAUUCGUCUUGAGAACAAGAUUCCGGUAAAUCAUGGCAUAUUGUGCCUAGGUGCAAAAAAUGUGACCGUCAUCGGGGGAACUGUCCAAUCUUUGUAUGAGGAAUGGAAAAUGAACCAGAAAUUCUCGGGCUUAUCACGCCCAGUAUUGAGGUUAUCACAAGAUGACGAUGGAGUUGGGCCUCCACCAUUUGAGAAAUUAGAUAUCGAAGCACGUCCAAACAGGACAUUCCAGUUGCAAGCAUACCCCGACCAGAAGGGUAGAAACUUGGGAGUUGCUCAUGACCACGUGUCGGUUAAUUCCAGUUCAAAACCUACGAAUGAGGGUUCAAGUAACAUGAACAGAGAGAAUACAACUAGCAAAGCUGAAUCCAAACAGUCUACUGCAGAUAUCAGACCAAAAGAAGUAAGCGAAGCUGUCCCUGUUCAGAACCAAGCUGCUGCACAGAAACUACUGCAGAAAAUGGCUAUGCCCGAAGAUAGGCCUGGUCGGGGUCGAUUCAAGGGCAGGAGCAAGCAGGAAGAUACCCCAGUCUUUACCCUCGAUGAAUGGGAGAGGAGAAAAGCAGUCGGUUCGGUGUCCGCAGCAGAAAGGCAUAUACAAGACACCAGCCGAGACGAGGAACUGGCAAGGCAGCUCCAAGAACAGCUAGAUCUAGAAGACUCCCACGCGAUGCCCGUGACUUCAGAGGCCGAACGCCUGCGGAUGAACAUGUUCAGCUUCAACGGCCCUGAAGAAAUGGGUGGCGGGAGAAGAGAUUUCCGAGGACGCGGGCGGGGAAGGGGACGAGGGCGAGGUCGAGGCAGGGGAAGAUUUUAG